UUCUUGCAGCGCCGUGAAACGCGUUUCGUAAUCACAUGUCCCACACGGCGCUCUGUAUGACGCGCGCUGCAGAGAGCGUGGAGCGCGACAGACACAAACACACGCACGUGAGGAGCGCGUUUAAGCCGGAGUUUCUUCAUCUCUUCAUUCAGAACAAGCAGCAGAGAGAGUGUUUGAUAAAGGGCAGUCAUGUCUGAGACGCGCAAGAGGAGCAGGAGGCGCUUCGGCGGACACGCGCACAAGAAACAGAGGGGCUCCCGUGAGCUGGAGGUGGGCGCGCAGGGCGUGCUCGUCACCUGCAACAUGAACGAGCGCAAGUGCACGAGCGAAGCCUUCAGUCUGCUCAACGAGUACGCGGACGAGCUUUACGGCCCCGAGCAGCCUGCAGACACAAAGGACAGUCUCAGUGAAGAUGAGGAGGAUGAUGAAGACGCCGAGGCGGCUCUGAAGAAGGAAGUGUCUCAGAUACAGUCGUCUAUGAAGACACAUCAGCAGAGGUUCAGUGCGGUGGAGAGCGGAGCUAAUAACGUGGUGUUCAUUCGCACGCAUGGAGUCGACCCGGAGCAGCUGGUGCAUCACAUUCUGUCGGACCUCCAUCAGACGAAGAAGAGGAAGUCGCGUGUGAUCCUGCGCAUGCUGCCGGUCAGUGGCACGUGUAAGGCGUUUCCCGAGGACAUGGAGAAGUUCCUGAGUGUGUUUCUGGAGCGCUGGUUCAGAGCGCCGCUGCGAGCCACAUACCAGAUCUGCUUCAAAGCCAGAAACAGCAGCCACAACAAGAGAGAGGAGGUCAUCAAAGCUGUGGCCGGUCUGGUGGGGAAGCUGAAUCCGCUGAAUAAGGUGGAUCUGACCAACCCUGAGCUCUCCAUCAUCAUCGAGAUCAUCAAGGCAGUCUGCUGUGUCAGCGUCCUCAAGGACUACACGCUCUUCCGCAAGUACAACCUGCAGGAAGUGGCCAAGGAGCCCACCAAUCAGAGCACAGGCCUGCAGGAAGCAGCCAAUCAGAACACAGCCCCACAGGAAGCAGCCAAUCAGACGCAGGAACACGGGGAUGGCGAGAAAGCGGAUGGGAGCGCAGAGAGCUGCGACAUCACCGCUGGCAACGGGACGAAGGAGGCGGAGCUUGAGUGAAUGUGUGUCACAUGACUCAUUUUUAAAACCAUUUCUACACAGUUUGUAUGUUUUUUUCAGGCGUUUGUUUCGCCUGGAUGUCUUUUGUUUUUACUUCUGUAUGUUGGGUGAUAUUAACAGUUUCUGUUCGUUGUACGGGAUUCUUAUGUCAUUUUGGAGACAUUUUCCUCUGAGGUGUGGAAAUCCAAUAAAACAACUGAAAUCA